AUGAUAUUGCAUUUGGUUGAGUUUCGUUUGCUGCCUAAGGAAUAUCACCUCCGAAUCGGAGCCAUCGGUGCCCUCAAAGUGACCGUCAGUUCUGGCAAAAAGUCUUUGACGAUUAGCAAUGUCUACGGCUUGGGUGCGGGCGCUGUGUUCCUUAUAGUGGAGGGAAUCGGAGCCAUCGGUGCCCUCAAAGUGACCGUCAGUUCUGGCAAAAAGUCUUUGACGAUUAGCAAUGUCUACGGCUUGGGUGCGGGCGCUGUGCAAGACAUUAAUGGCGGCAAAAAUGGUCGCAAAAAUGUGAACGAAAAACAAGAAGUGAAGACAAUUACCGAACCUUUAUAUGAGAAAUACAUGAAAUCGUUGUCAUCGAAGGACUCUUCUAAUGGUCUAUUGGUUUUAGCCGAAGGACUGAACGCUGGGGAGGCUGUGAUCGCCACCCGUGAGGGUUGGCUCGAUGUUAAGGGCGCCUCUGGUUUCAGACUUGGCUCCUAUACUGAGGUGUCGAUCAGCCGUUAAAAUAAAUUAUAAUACAAAUCCCACAUAUUUUUAUUUAAUAAUAACAAUCUCUAGAAUUACCGGUAAUAAUAAAUUAUAUUAAUUAAUAAAACUAAUAAAA